AUGUCUGGGAACCUUGGUGUUCCUAUUGUUGUGGAAAAUGUUUUCAUGGUCCCUGGGCUUGGCUUCAACCUCUUGUCGGCCACCCCUUUCGACGCUCUUGGCUAUCGCCAGACCCUCAAGGAUGGUACUAGAGUGAUUGGUCCUCCCUCCAACCCUGCGCUUUUGCGUGCCCAGCUCGUCGCCAACUCUUGGGUUCUUGAAGUCACUCGUCCGCCUACUCCUGCUCUUCCUGCAGUGAUUGCGCCCACUGUUUCUACUGGCCGGCGCUCAGCUAUUGCCGUCUGGCACCGCCGUCUUGGCGAUAUUGCCAUGGGUGCCAUCAGACGUGUUGUGGGGAAACGGGACCUGUUCGGAAUUCUCCAUCAUUCCUCUCCUCGUCCAGUCUUCUAG